AUGACGCUUCCAAGAAGUUGCCGCCAUUGUGGGAAAGGAAUAGGCAAGAAAAUAAAAUUGCAAUGUGGCAUAUGUAAAGGUCUUUACCACUUAAUAUGUGGGAAUGUAUCGGAGGUUGAGGCACGAAUUAUGCAGGAGGAUAGGACACCCUGGAACUGCAGUACUUGUGUUCGUAGAUCAUCGAGUCAUUUUUCACAGCCAACUACUUUAAUUCGAGACAAGGACGCGUCAUUUAUGGAUCAAAACAGAAGGAGUUCGUCCCUCUUUGUUCCACAGUCUGAGACUCUUACAUCGCGUGAUACUGAAUUAAAAGUUUUAAUUCAGGAGCUACAGAGUAAGGUCAGAGAAAUGAGAAAAUCUAUGGAUUUUUUAAAUGAGAAGUACGAGGAUGAAUUAAAACGCACCAAAGUUCUGUCGGAGAUGGUUUCUGAGAUCGCAAGAGAUAACCAAGAAUUAAAAAAGGAGGUACAAAAACUGAAAUCAGCCAUAAAUAUGAACGAGACUGCUAAAAUAAAAAAUAAUGUUUGUGUUACUGGACUUCUAGCUUCUGUUAAAGUGGAAAAUAAAGAUACUUGUGUAUUAAAAUUGCUACAUAGGGUGUGUCCAGACGUCAAAGAAAGUGAUGUGGACAAGAUGCAACACAUACCGGUUAAAAAUGGGGUUAAAACCAUAAUUACCUUGAAAUCUGAGAAUUUAAAGCAGCGCCUCCUACGAUCCAGGGCCACCAAGGGGAAAAUCACUGCAAGCAAUUCAGGUAUGGGAGAUUCAGCAACACCGAUUUAUAUAGAAGGGGAGCUCACAAAAGAAACUUAUCUACUUCUUAAGAGGACCAAGCAGCAUUUAAAGGACUCGUAUAAAUAUAUUUGGCACAGAAAUGGCAACAUUUUAGUUCGAAAAGCUGAUGGUGAAAGGUACUUAGUAAUUAGGAAUGAUAUGGACUUAGAUGAAAUUACUGCUUAAUACUUCUUGUUAUCAUAUUUUGAGUAUAUACUUUUUUGUUUAUUUAUUUUUAAUUUACCUAUUAUAAAAUCAUUUAAAGAAUAUGACGGACAAACUAAAAAUAGGUCAAAUUAAUAUUCGUUCCUUGUUGCCAAAGUUUAUUAAUUUUAAAUCUUAUGUAUUAGAUAAUAAUGUAGAUAUAGUAGGGUUAUCUGAAACCUGGUUAACUAAUUACACGACGGAUGAGUUUCUUCGAAUUCCAGGCUAUAAUUUAGUUAGGCAAGAUCGCUCUACUGGUCGAGGAGGGGGGUAAUGUUUUAUGUAAAGAGUUUUAUUAAUUUUCAAAUAAUUAAUUGUUUAACUGGGAAUUAUGCAGAACAAUUAUGGUUAAAAAUCAAAAUUGAAAACAAGAUAUUUAUAGUAGGAUGUUAUUAUAGGCCGCCCAAUAGUAAUAUUAAUAAUUUUUAUGAUGAAUUUGAGGUAAAUGUUUCCACUUUACUAACAGAAUGUGACCUUUUCUUGUGUAUGGGCGACUUUAAUGUAAAUAUGUCUAAUCUGCAAUCUAAUGUUGUUGAACUCUUCUUAUCCAUUCUAGAGUCUUUAAGUUUAAAGCAAAUGGUGGAUGAACCUACUCAUCAAGGACUCUCAGGUGAAACACUUUUGGAUUUAUUUAUUUGCUCGCAUGAAGAAUUUAUUAGUUCGAUGUAGUAUAUGGACCAUGUUUGCUAGAAAGAGAUAAAUACCGUAUCCAACUAAUACAGAAUCAUUGCGUAAGGUUAAUUGGGGGUCUGCGGGGCAGGGAACAGGGAGUAUCGGCUAAAUUAAGAGAGUUGAACUGGCUUAGAAUGGAUGAGAGGCGUAUUUAUCACUCAAUAGUUUUAGUUUAUAAAAUAAUAGCAAGGAAAUGUCCAGAAUAUUUAUACAAAAAAAUUAAGUUUCGCACUGAAAUACAUAACUUAGAUCUUCGCGACAAAGGCUCUAUAACCAUACCACGUCACUCCACGUCUAUCUUUGAGAGAUCUUUUAUUUAUAAUAUAGCGAAGCUUUACAACAGGAUUCCAAAUAAUUUGAAACAUUUGCCGGAAGUAUCUUUUAAAAGAAAAAUUAGGUCUUACAUUAAAUAUUUGAUGUAGUAUAUUAUGAUGUUUUAUAGUGGCUAAUCUGAUUGCAAUAAUGUUUAGGGUGUAGUACUUAUUGAUAUGAAAUACUAAACUCACGAAUUUACAUAUAACUUGCUUUUUUUAUAUAAAUUAUAGUACCUAUGUAAAUUGUUAUGUAGUUAGUUUUAGCUUAAGGUAUAGGGUUCAGUAGAGUAGCUAUAAGCUAGACUGCGCCGUAAUAGACCUUAGCAAUAAGUUUAUAUCUUUGUAUUAUAUGGGAAAAUAAAAGUCAUUAUUAUUAUUA